AUUAUCGCCCUCUUUCUCCUAGAGUGUUGAGUAUAAACUGCGUUGGGCUUUGGCACCACAACACAUGAAUACGUCUAUCUCUUCAGGGCCCACCGUCGCUAAGUAAUACCGAGCUGAGUUCCAAUCAUCGUGUAUAACUUCGCUAUAAAAUCCUCCUUAAACAGCCGCGUUUUUCGCAACUAUGUCCUACGUUCCGAAGAACGUGCGUGAUACCGCAGCAAAGAAUGAUCAUUAUGCCAAGCUGGAAAGAGAGCAGGCACAGGAGACACGCAAUUCCAUUAUUGCCCACUGGUCAGAGCGCGAUCGGCGGCGUGAGCCGGUGAACACGCUGCGUGGGGCCACCAUGACGCUCCAAGCGACGUCCAAGGAACGUGAGGCGGGCAUUAAGGCUGGACAGGCAACCGUGAAAGCUGCUCGCCAGGCCCGGCUAAAAGAGCUGUACGAGCGAGCACAUGAGUGCGGCUUUCAUACACCCAACCAUUCUAAUCCUGAUGGCGUCCCUCCUUUCCCCUCGUCUGAUACGUCACCAGAGGCUCUGAUGUAUGAGAGAGAACUCAACGAGCGAGGUCUCAGCCUCGUGAAGCCUCGAGAUUGA